AUGCUUUUGCGUCGAUGCGCCGGUAAGGUUGUACCGUUCCUGUUCAGAAAUAUAUCGACCACAAUAAGACUGUCGGCAGAAGAUUUGUUUGUACACCGUGAUUCGUCUGAUAAUAAUGCUCAAACUCCUUUUGAAUUUACUGAACCUAAUAUGGCACGUAUUGCAGCAUUGGUGCAGAACUACCCAGCUGGUGCACAACGAUCGGUGUUAGGCGCAGCUUUGGAUAUAGUGCAGCGGCAAAUUGGAUGGGUUCCCAUAUCAGCUAUGCAUAAGGUCGCAGAGAUUCUUAGUAUACCUAGAGUAAGAGUUUACGAGUGGGCUACCUUUUACACUAUGGUUAAAAGGCGUUUCCGUGGCAAAUACCAUGUUAAAGUAUGCAUCACUACGCCCUGCAUGAUACGAGGUUCUGACAUCAUACUGCGGGCAGCUGAGGAAGCUACCUGCUGCAGUGUCGGUGGCCUCUCCCCUGACAAAAUGUUUGGAGUCGACACCGUUGAAUGUCAAGGAGCGUGCGUCAAUGCUCCCAUGUUUGUAGUCGACGAUGAUUAUUAUGAAGAUGUUAAUGUUUGUGAUGUCUACAAUAUCAUAAAAGCAAUCAAAGCUGGACAAAUACCACCUAUCGGCCCCCAGUAA